GGUCGGCAAAUCGGCUUCACUGAACGAACAUUUUGCGCUCAGAACAAUCUCUUGCUAUUAGCAUCUGAUCCUGCUAAACCUUUCUCCUGUAUUCUCGUAAAAAAAAGGUACAAUUUCGAUCCUUGUAUCGGUAUCUGCAUGGGCAGAUCUCGGAUUUUUUUCCAAUGCGAUUAUAGCAUGAGGGUUGAAAGAUCUAAUCAGAUCGUGUUCUUCGAUCUGAUUGAUGGGAUUUUCUUGUUUUUGAUGUUGAUCGUAUUUCCGAUAUCUGGGAUUCAAUGUGACUCGAGCUGAUUUUACGAAAUUCUGUAGCUGCGUGUGUGUGAAUGAAGUUGGCUGUUAUCAUUUUCUAUGAAAUCUAAGCUUCGUCCUCUGUAUACGGCUUUGAUGCUUUGUCUGGAUACUGCUUGCAAGAAUCAAGAUAGACAGGUUCCUUGUGACCGCUAAAGGAAAUGGAGGGGACAGUGUUCACGCCUCCGCUGGGAGCGAUGGAACAUGCCAAGACCAAACAAGGGGAGAUACUGACCAAGCCUUUUCUUGAGCUCUGCAAGAUGAUCUUUCCUGUUUUAGAUAAGUUCGGAGCUGCCAUGGCUCUAGUGAAAUCCGACAUUGGUGGUAACAUAACGAGGUUGGAGAACAAGUACCAAUCUGACCCGGACAAGUUCAAGUACUUGUACACUUUCGUACAGGUGGAAAUCGAGUCUAAGACAGCCAAAGGAUCGUCGAGUUGCACCAACGGUAUUCUCUGGUUGACGAGAGCCAUGGAUUUCUUAGUGGAGCUGUUCAGAAACUUGCUUGCGCAUCCAGACUGGACGAUGUCGCAAGCUUGCGGCGACUCGUACCAGAAGACGCUCAAGAAAUGGCACGGAUGGCUCGCCAGCUCGAGCUUCUCGAUGGCCUUGAAGCUUGCACCAGACAGGAAGAGGUUCAUGGACAUCAUAUCCGGCUCGGGUGACAUCAACGCCGACAUGGACAAGUUUUGUUCUGAAUUCGGCCGUCUCCUUCAAGAUAAUCACAAGUUUCUGGCUAGUGUGGGCUUGGACGUCAUGAAAGCUUCUUGAACCAGAUUUUCAUGGCCAUCGUCGUCCGUUAACCUAAUUUUCUUAAAUCGCAUUUUUUUUUAAUUUCUCCCUAUUAAAUUCAUGCGGUUAAUACCAUUUUGCUUUGAUCCCUUUGUAAUACGUCCAUCGUGAUUUAAUUAUGAUCUAAUUAUGAGUAUGUGGUUAUAUUUAUAGAACCGAAGUCUAUAAACAAAAGGUGGCAAUAAAUUCCAAUUAUAGGAAUUUAAUAAGAGACUAAAAACGUGUUUUAUUGAAA